CAUUUUCGUGUCUAAACAGCUGCAAUAAACGUAGCAAAAUAUAUAUGCAGUCCAAAUUUUCGCGUUAAUCUUAGCCGCAAAUAAAUGAAAGUUUCUAAUUAAAUCACUUGGAUUACAAUCGAACGUCAUUCGGAUGAAAGAAAUGUUAUAAAAUUUUCAAAUAAUUUUCCGAGCGAUUAAUAUUUUUAAGGAAAUGCAUCAGAAUGCGAAGAUAUCGAAGAACCACGCGCGUUAUCGAGUCACCAGAUUCGGCAAGUAUAUCAGAGAGAUACGAGCGUGAGGUUGAAGUGAAUUUUACAAAUAUCUGGCGUACCGCAUAUCGUUUCGCGUGAAAUUGAAUAACUGACGAUGUGAUUAUGUAAUCAUAUACUCGGCCUUAAAUCAUGCUGUUUGGACAUAUCUGAGAGUGAUAGAACAAAUCACGUGAUAAAAAAUUUUUCAUCGGUUUCAUUAGAAAUCAUUUUCAAUGCGUAAAUUCGCAAUAAUGUAUAAGCAAAUAUAUGCAAAUUUUUAUUAUCAGUUUAUUUUUAAAAACGUUUAAAAAUGUAUUUAAAUGUAAACAAAGUUUCCAUAGUAAAUUCCAAUAAUUUAGUACAUUUAGGCUUAAUUAAAUUAUAAUUUAUUGGUCGUCUCCAUCGCGUCUAAGCCCAAAUCGCGCUUGAAUUGUGAUUUAGCUGUUUCAGCAAUACGCUCUUUUCUACAGCAACGAUAACAACUAUAUCCGGCCAUAAAUUUUCGUGGCUACCGGCGUAUUACCCUAUCACAUUGUGCGUGAGAUACAUCCGGACCAUGUAUUUUCUUUUUAUGGCCGGUGUCUGGCCUAAAUUUAAAUGUCCAACGUUUCCUUAAUUGUCAUCGUUUACUGUAUAUAAAAGCCGCUGGUGCACGAGCGUGAAAAUUGGCACUGAACUACCAAACAUUGUGGAAAACAAGCCCGUAAAGAUUCUGCUCGUUGAUAUUGUUGUUACUAAAAAUGUUGUCGAUAUUCUGCAUCUUAAGUAUUAUUGCGAUACAUGGACUGUCAGCCGAGACAACCGAACCUAUCACGAAAAUUGUGGGCGGCAGUCCUGCCGAUGAAGGACAAUAUCCUUAUCAAGUAUCUCUUCGUUAUCGCGGUCGCCAUUUCUGCGGAGGUUCUGUGAUAAGUAAAAGAGUGAUCCUUACAGCUUCUCAUUGCUUGUCCGGUUUUAAUGACACGGCCAUCGCUGCUGUAUUGGGCACAAACACUCUGGACAGAGGUGGCGAUGAGUAUUCCUCGAUCAAGACAUGGGUACAUCCCUAUUAUAAUUCCGCCUUCGUCUGGAACGACAUCGGGUUGAUUAAGCUGGACAAGGAUAUCGUGUUCGGGGACAAAGUGAAACCGAUUGCUCUGCCCACCAAAAGAUUCGGCAAAUCCAAUUAUCCGGCGACGCUGUCCGGGUGGGGCACUACCAAUUAUCCGGGAGACACGCCGAACGAAUUGCAACACAUCCAGCUCACGGUCAUCGAUCAAAAGCAAUGCUUAAGCACCAGCUUUCGUAUCACCAACAACAAUGUCUGCACACUCAAUAAACGGGGCGAGGGUGCCUGUCACGGCGACUCUGGCGGUCCCCUGGUAGCCGACGGUGAGCAGAUCGGCGUGGUGUCCUGGGGAAUUCCCUGCGCUAAAGGACGUCCGGAUGUAUUCACGCGAGUCUAUUCCUAUCUGGAUUGGAUCAACAAGCAUCUCCAAGAGGAUAACUCCGUAUAAACGAUCACGGGCCAUUCGGCUCGCAAGUACUUAUCACAGCAGUUAUAAAAUUUAAUAAAUUCUUUAAUAAAUUUUAUAACAACAACAAAUACAUCGUAAGAAUUGAUCCUCUCUCGUUCCGACAAUAAAAAGCCAAUUGUCAAAUAAUCGAGUUAAUGGCAAUCUUACUUGAAUCGCGAGUUCGAAACAUGUAUGUACUCCCGAUGCAACGUUUACGGUAUUUCCAAAGUAAUUUGUGUAGCUCUACUCCUGCAUCGCAUGUAACAAAUAAAUUAAUUUAAGCAUAUGUCUCGAUGUCAUUUGAGUUCCAUCUAGCUCGUGUCCAACGACAACAGAAUAAGCGAUGCGCGAUAAGAAUAAUAAUUAAUGCUACCAGUGGACAACAAAUUUGAAUUUUUAUUCCACUGAGAAUUAAUUGAACGUUCAUUUAAAUAAUAAGUAACUCAAUCGGCCGAGGCUUUUAGGCGAGGGUGAUUUAAACUCGGCAGCUGCUUGUCGAGACUAAACAAACGUGUC